AUGUCGGAUUCAGACUCACCCAAGACAAACGGCAAGGCCACGACCGUAGCAAAACCGCCUGGCGCCCAGAUUCGGCGCCGAGCAAACAACUCACAAGUAUCAAGACCCAAUUCGACUCGUGCGGCAGGCGCUGGUGGAUCCUCCAAUACGAUGUUGAAGCUCUACACGGACGACUCUCCUGGACUGAGAGUAGAUCCAUUCAUCGUGCUUAUGUUGUCGAUAGCAUUUAUUGCCUCCAUUUUUUUCCUUCACAUCUCGGCGAAAGUCAUCCGUCUAUUCACCAAGUAA